AUGACGUCGGGGGGGAGGAUUCCGACGUGGAAGGAGAGGGAGAACAACAAGAGGAGGGAGAGGCGACGGCGGGCAAUAGCGGCGAAGAUAUUCUCGGGGCUGAGGGCCCUCGGCAACUACAAACUCCCCAAGCACUGCGACAACAAUGAGGUCCUCAAGGCCCUCUGCUCUGAGGCCGGCUGGAUCGUCGAGGACGACGGCACCACCUACCGCAAGGUAAACCCCUCUCCUCUCUUCCUCUCCCUCUCUCUCUCUCUCCCUACCUCCCUCCCUCCUUCUCUCUCUCUCUCCCUCCCUCCCUCUCUCCCUCUCUCUCUCUCUCUCUCUACUCUUUCCCUGGCUUUCCAGCGACGAGAGAAUGUGGGUUUGACGCAGCGUUCCCUUACUCGAACUGGGUUCUGAACGGAAAGGGCCUUGCCCCUGCAAUCCUCACAGCUCUCUCUCUCCUGUGUCCAGCUACGAGAGGAAUGUGGGUUUGUCUCAGCGUUCCCUUUCUCGAACUGAGUUCUAAACAGAAGGGGUCUUGCCCCCUGUAAUCCUCAUACAGCUCUCUCCUUUACUCUUUCUCUGGUUUCCAGCGAUGAGAGGAAUGUGAGUUUGCCUCAGUGUUCCCUUUCUCUCACUGGGUUCUAAACGGAAGGGGUCUCUCUCUCUCUCUACUGUUUCCAGCGACGAGAGGCAUGUGGGUUUGCCUCAGCGUUCCAUUUCUCUCACUGGGUUCUAAACGAAAGGGAUCUUUCUCUAACUGGGUCUCUCUCUCUCUCUACUUUUUCCCUGGUUUCCAGCGACGAGAGGCAUGUGGGUUUACCGCAAGCCCCUGAUCCCUAUCUCCAUUUCUCUUCCACCAGCAACCUCCCCCUUCCCGAGCUGGACUUUCUCUAUCUAGGAGGUUCCACAUCUCUGGGAACGUGGACGAACAGACUGUCCGAAUCUAAUUAACUUCGCUCUCUUCUCUCAGGGAUGCAGACCACCGCCGCCGCCGCCGGAGAUGGCCGCCGUGGGCGGCGCGUCGAGGAACGUGAGCCCCUGGUCGUCGCCCUACCAGCAGCUGAGCCCUCUCUCCUCCUCCUUCACCAGCCCCGCCCCUUCCUACCUCCCCAGCCCUUCUUCCUCCUCCUUCCCCAGCCCCUCCAGAGAAAACCCAAAUGUGGACCCUUCCUUUCUCCUCCCUUUCCUCCGCAACCUCCCCUCCCUCCCUCCCCUCCGCAUCUCCAGCAGCGCCCCCGUCACGCCGCCGCCUGCUUCGCCCACCGCGACGGCGCCGUCCUCCGAUUUCGCCGCCGGCCCCGUCGCCUUCCUCCGGCCACCUCUGUCGGCGCCGGCGAGCCCAUCCCGGGGCAGAUGCGACGAGUCCGACGCGUCCACCGUCGACUCCGGCCGUUGGGGGAGCUUCCACUCGCCGGCCCCGCCGUCCCCCACCUUCAACCUCGUCGUCCCCGCCGCCGCCCGCGGGGGCAGCGUGGCGGCCGCAGGUGGCGGGCCGCCGGAGUUCGAGUUCGAGAGUGGGAGGGUGAAGCCGUGGCAAGGGGAGAGGAUCCACGAACUGGCGGUCGAUGAUCUCGAGCUCUCUCUCAGCAGCGGAAAGCAUCACGGGUAG